AUGAUACUGACCGACUGGUUUUCACAGGACACCUCCACGAUAGCUUCCAAUGUUAUUUGGGAACUAGAGCGCUUUGCACCCUUUAUGCAAACCUCACCCUCCAUCCAAGACUGGUUUAGGGAAAGGAUGUGUUUUUAUCAAACCAAACAACACGAUGGGAUGGACAUAGGGGUGUGGCCAGUUCAGUCCAUUCUGGUCAAUGGGAAAGGCACCGUAUGUAACGCAACCCAUGGAACUUCCAGAUAUAAUUGUAAUGAGAGACUGGAGGAGUUCAUAGUACCCAGGCAUAAGAAAAUCCGAAUUCGGAUCAUCAACGCAGCCACCCAGUAUGCACUUAAAGUAUCAAUUGACAGCCACUCCAUGACGGUGGAAUCCAUGGACGGCAACGCUAUCCAGGGAACGGAAGUAUUAGACUACCUCAUCAUUCACACCGGUGAGAGAUAUGACAUAGAGGUCGCCACUGAUCAGUACAGGCAGACUCCAUUGCAGCCCGUAAAUGAUGGAUAUUUUUGGAUACGAGUGGAAUCUUUGGAGGAAUUUGACCAGCCAAAUCAGAAUUUACGAAAUAUAAUUACUCCUAAAACCGGCUGGGCGGUUUUAAAGUAUGAAGGAAGUCCACCCAGACGUAAACCAUUUACAACACCCAAGCAAUGCCCAGUUUCUAAUCCAUGUGAGAUCCUGAACUGCCCUUUUCGGGAAUACAGGCCCAAGGGAAGCAAUUAUUACACCUGUAUACCAAUAAGUAGGACCCGCGCACUUGGCAGCCUUAUAGACCGACACCCAGUGCCUAUGCCCACCUCCGAUGACAACUUUCAGCAGAUAUUCCUCAACUUUCAUUUCUCGGGUUGUCUCAUCUUCACUUAG